AUGUCAUUUGAGAUUGGUGGCGAUGGUAUUCUGAGAUAUCAGGGUAAAUUAUGUGUGCCUGAUGUAGAUAGGUUACGGGAAAAAAUCCUUAGCGAGGCUCACACGUCGAGUGAAUUGGGAAAAUGCAACAAAUUGACUGAUUUGCAAAUAGCGAGAAACAGAAUUGGAGGUAGCAUACCACUAGAGAUUGGAAAUGUCAAAGGGCUUCUAGGACUUGAUCUUUCAUCGAAUCAUUUGAUCGGGCAGAUUCCAAAGGAAUUUGGAAAAUUAACCUCUCUGAUUAGGCUUUUGAUUGAAUGGAUCGAUCCCGACAUGUAUAGGAGAUUUCGUGCACUUGUUUCGUGCAAUAGCAAAUUUGGCCAAAACAUUCCAACUGAGAUAGGGAGGAUGACUCUGCUUAAUGUACUUGAUUUGAGUCAUAAUCUUCUGGUUGGAGAUAUUCCCCCUCAGCUGGCAAAUUUGAAGGUGUUGGUAGACUUAAAUCUUUCCCACAAUGGCCUGUCCGGGCACAUUCCUGAAGAACUUGAAAGUAUGACUGGUUUACAGGAUGUUUUUCUGUCAUACAAUGAGUUGGAAGAGCUUGCAUAUACAAUGAAGGUUACACAAAUGUGUGAUGUCUAUAGCUUUGGAGUAUUAGCAUUGGAGAUAAUCAAAAAGCAUCUUGGUGAGUACAUUACUGUGCUAGCAAAUUCAUCUAGUAUGGAUCAUCAUGUGCAACUUAGUGAUUUUCUAGAUGAACGCCUUCUGUAUCCUGAAGAUAGAGUAAAUGAACUUUUGGUUUUUAUCAUCAAGCUAGCAAGCUCUUGUUUGGUUGAAACUCCAAAAUCAAGGCCAACAAUGCAAUUCAUCUCUCAUAAGUUAUCAUCAAUGGAUGCUUAUGCCCACCCAUUAUUCCUGUAA